CAAGAUAUGUAAUAAUAAAUAUAAAAUAAUAAUAUCAGUUAGUAAUAAAUACUUAUGUAUUUAACAAAGAAUGUAUUAAAAGAAGUUUUAAACACACAUAGAGAGAAAGCAAUAUGUACUUGUAAACUUGCGCUCACAAAUGAUACGUCGUGAAACGAUGGAUACUUACUGCGACACUAGCUUGUACUACUGCUUAUAUAUGAAAUGUAUCUCUACAUAUUACGCUUACUCAUGAUUUGCGUCGCAUGUGGCUGCUUUCCAGCACUUUAAAUAGCUCACAUAACUGUAAAGGCCAUCGCACACAAAAUGCAUAGAACAGAAGCAUAACAUAGCAUAAGCAUAAGAAAGAUAUGUAACCUACACGAACAUACAUAGAUGUAUGUUUUGACUAUAAGUGGCAUUUUGGAACGUAUGUUUUGACCAAUAAGUGGCAUUUCAGAACAUAUUCCAAACCUAAAUAUGAUUACGUGUCAAAUUAGGAUGGAGACAUAAAAAACGUGCAAACUAGUACAUAAAAUGGACACAUAUGAUUAUAUUUACACGACAUUAAUAUCAAGUUAUAUCGUGUUGCGAAAGCGCAAACAAAAUAAAAAAAAACGAUUUUGGGUACGACCUAUCUAUGUACGUAGACCAUUAUUUGUUGACUUCCAAUAUCUUUUCAAGAAUUAAAAGAAGAUGGUGAAAUGUUUUUUAAAUACACAAGAAUGAAUCUUGUUACUUUUAAUAAAUUGUUGGAUAUGUUACGGCCUCAUCUGGAAAAAAGAAAUUGGAGAGCACUACCAGUAGAACAACGGCUUAUUAUUAUGCUCAGAUUUCUUGCAACAGGAGAUCAAAUAUCUUCAAUUGCAUUUGCACAUCGAAUAGGUGAAUCAACUAUAUACAAAAUUAUUAAAGAGACAUGUGCAGUGACAGUACGAGUUUUAGGCCCCAAAUAUUUAAGGCUACCUAUAAAGGAAGACUGGAAAAAAAUCGCUGCUGGAUUUUGGAAGCAUUGGAAUUUUCCUAAUUGUUUAGGAGCGAUUGACGGGAAACAUUUUGUUAUCAAAACACCUCCAAAUUCUGAGAGCGAACACAACAUGGCUCAAGAAGAGGUACACAUAAGACAAAGAAGAAGGAGGGCUUUAGUAGAAUCUGGAACACAUAGAUGUCGCCAUAGAACGUCUUGAAUAUACAUUUCUUAACAGAAAGUUAAUUUUUAAUUAUCGAUUAUCAAGAGCUAGACGUAUUAUUGAAAAUACGUUCGGCAUUCUGGUUUCA